AUUCGGCCCAUGUUAAGAGAAUGCGAAGGCGUUCAUCCUCACUCCUCAGUUGUAAAACCGGCGGCAACGGAGUGUCGUUUUCGUUUGUAGCUGGAAUAACAUUCCCAAGAACUUUAAUCCCCAUGAGUGCUGGUGGUGCAUUUGGUGGAAAUAGAGGAGUAAGGCCUGUACCACCUGAAAAAGGAGUUUUCCCUUUAGACCACAUGCAUUUAUGUGAUCAGGAGAAGAAAGAAUAUAUCAGUUGCCUUAAAUCUUCUGGGCAUAAAUCUGAAAAAUGCCGUCACCUCUCAAAGAUGUAUUUGCAAUGUCGUAUGGAAAACCUGGCUCGGGACUUGAGUCAUUGAUACUGCUAUGAAAUUGGUCUUUGAGGGAACUGGAUGGCUUGAGGUAUUUCAUAUAGCCAACCGUAUCAAUGUGAAAAUCUUGAAACAGAUUAAAAAGAAUUACGACCAACACCAGCUUAUUCAAUUUGUAAGCCUAGUUAAAGAGAUGUCGUAAGACAACUAAAUCUGGAGGAUACAAUAGCUUAAUGUCCCUGCUACAUGCCAAUCAAGAGGACAAGCAAAGUAGAAGAGAGGAAAGAAAUGGAAAUUUUUUGUGUUGCACGCUUCCUUUCUACAUGAUUUGUUUUUCUGAAUAAAUUCAGCUCUAUAUGAACCCAGGGAACUGUUGGCUUUACAAGUAAUUCUUGUGUGGGAUAUGG